AUGAUUAUCUAUCGAUCUAUCUAUCUAUCUAUCUAUCUAUCUAUCUAUCUAUCUAUCUAUCUAUCUAUCUAUCUCAAUCUCUCGUUCUAUCUGCUUUUUAUUGAAAUGAAAUCCAUAUUAUCUAUCUAUCUAUCUAUCUAUCUAUCUAUCUAUCUAUCUAUCUAUCUAAUCAGUCAGUUCUUCUAUCUAUCUAUCUAUCUAUCUAUCUAUCUAUCUAUCUAUCUAUCUAUCUAUCUAUCUGUGUCAAUGCAAUUAUCUAUCUAUCUAUCUAUCUAUCUAUCUAUCUAUCUAUCUAUCUAUCUAUACAUACAUACAUACAUACAUACAUACAUACAUGCAUAUGAAAUAUUUAGAUUGAAUAAAAGUAAUCUAUCUAUCUAUCUAUCUAUCUAUCUAUCUAUCUAUCUAUCUAUCUAUCUAUCUAUCUAUCUAUCUAUCUCUGCCAGUUCAUAUGUAUCUAUCUAUCUAUCUAUCUAUCUAUCUAUCUAUCUAUCUAUCUAUCUAAAUGCAUCGCUCGAGCUCAUCCUGUUCAUAUUCAUAUAUCUAUAUACCUCCGUUUGUGUCCCUGUAUCGCAGACGUUUUUUUUCUUUCUUUUUUUUUCUUUCUUUCUUUCUUUCUUUCUUUCUUUCUUUCUUUCUUUCUUUCUUUCUUUCUCGAGCUCAUUCUGUUCAUAUUCUAUCUAUAUAAUACCUCCGUUUGUGUUCCUGUAUCGCAGCCAUUAUCAUCUAUCUAUCUAUCUAUCUAUCUAUCUAUCUAUCUAUCUAUCUAUCUAUCUAUCUAUCUCAGUGCGUCCAUGUCCAUGA